CUGGGGCCUUGGGGUUCCCCUGACUUCCGACUGUCCCUGUGGCUGCCCUUCCGGGAUGGCGACAUUUCCACGGCCCAGUGACGGCGGUCGUGCAGACGCGGCGGGCGCACUCGUGGCUGCAGCGGUCUGUCUCCGCAGCUUUCCUGCUCCUGUCCCCAGGACCCGCAGUUCCCAGCCUGGAGUCGGGUGUCCCGGGUGGCUUGAGGACAUGGGGUGCUGGGCAUGUGCCGAGCGGCGCCGCCCGCCCAUCCUGACUGGCCGAGCCUAGGCUGCCAGAGCGAGGAUCCUCUCCCCAGGCUCCGUGCGGCUCCCUCGCCUACGCCUUCUGCUCCAGCGGCCGCGCAGCCGAGCGGAAAGCCGCGGUGGCGUGCUACCGGGCCCACACCCCUGCAGUACCGAAGCCCGACUGAUGUUGCAGGGUAAUAGGGACCCAGAUGCAGUUCCAAGGGGCUCUCAUCCAGACCUAGGCCCAAGCGCGCCUUCUGUGUGUCACUGUGGAGCGAAGACACUGGGUUCCCUGGUUGCUGCCCCAGGCUUAAUGAUUGUCCAGAAGGCGGCUAUAAAGAGCCUGGGUGGAGGAGGGAGCAGAAAAACACAGCUCAGCAGAUCCGGGCACUAAAGGGAGCUGCGAGCAGGAGCAGUCAAGAGGCUGUGGUCAGAAGCACUGUGACCUGGCCAGCAGGGCCUGCUUUUUCUACCAUGGCAGCCCAAGGCUAUGGCUAUUACCGCACUGUCAUAUUUGCGGCCAUGUUUGGGGGCUACAGCCUGUACUACUUCAACCGCAAAACCUUCUCCUUUGUCAUGCCAUCCUUGGUGGAUGAGAUUGCUCUGGACAAGGAUGAUUUGGGGCUCAUUACAAGCAGCCAGUCGGCAGCCUAUGCCAUCAGCAAGUUUGUGAGUGGGGUGCUGUCCGAUCAGAUGAGUGCUCGCUGGCUCUUCUCCUCUGGGCUGCUCCUGGUUGGUCUGGUCAACGUCGUCUUCUCUUGGAGCUCCACAGUGCCAGUCUUUGCUGCUCUCUGGUUUCUUAAUGGCCUUGCACAGGGACUAGGCUGGCCCCCCUGUGGGAAGAUCCUGAGGAAGUGGUUUGAGCCUUCCCAGUUUGGCACUUGGUGGGCUGUGUUGUCAACCAGCAUGAACCUGGCUGGAGGUUUGGGACCUAUCUUGGCAACAGUCCUUGCCCAGAGCUAUAGCUGGCGCAGCACACUGGCCCUGUCUGGGGCACUGUGUGUGGUUGUCUCCUUCCUCUGUCUGCUGCUCAUCCACAAUGAACCUGCUGAUGUUGGACUCCGAAAUCUGGACCCUACCCCCGCCAAGGGCAAAAAGGGCUCAUCAAAGGAGGACAGCACCCUACAGGAUCUGCUGCUGUCGCCCUAUCUAUGGGUGCUUUCCACCGGCUACCUUGUGGUCUUUGGAGUAAAGACCUGUUGUACAGACUGGGGCCAGUUCUUCCUUAUCCAGGAAAGAGGGCAGUCCGCCCUUGUGGGUAGUUCCUAUGUAAGUGCCCUAGAAGUUGGAGGCCUUGUAGGCAGCAUUGCAGCCGGCUACCUGUCAGACCGGGCCAUGGCAAAGGCAGGGCUGUCGAUGUAUGGGAACCCUCGCCAUGGCCUGUUGCUGCUCAUGAUGGCUGGCAUGGCAGCGUCCAUGUUCCUCUUCCGGGUAACGGUGACCAGUGACUCACCCAAGGAUGCUUUCUGGACUCCUGCUCUCCAUCCUUUGGCUGAGCUCACAGGCUUUACCGAGCACGAGAUCUGGAUCCUGGUGCUGGGAGCUGUAUUUGGUUUCUCUUCUUAUGGUCCCAUUGCCUUGUUUGGAGUCAUAGCCAAUGAGAGCGCCCCUCCCAACUUGUGUGGCACCUCCCAUGCUAUUGUGGGACUCAUGGCCAAUGUGGGUGGAUUUCUGGCUGGGUUACCCUUCAGCACCAUCGCCAAGCACUAUAGCUGGAGCACAGCCUUCUGGGUGGCAGAAGUGAUCUGUAUAGCCAGCACAGCUGUCUUCUUCUUGCUUCGAAAUAUCCGCACCAAGAUGGGCCGAGUACCCAAGAAGGCAGAGUGAAGACAGCACUCAACUCCGGAGCGUCCCCAACUGCAUCCUUGCUGUCAGGGCACAGAAACGGAGAGGGGCUGCGCUGGUCAGCAUAGAACCUUCGCCUUUCUGUGUCUACACUGUCUCCCUGGACGUCCAUGGUGCUGCAAGUUAUCACUGGCAAAUGAGAUCCCAACUCCCCAUCCUACUCUCUAUUUAAAUGGUGGUUUUGUUUUAUAGACUCCAUCAACUUGUUUCUACCAUCUAGUCAUCGACAGACAACUCCUGCAUUCAGGGCGUCUCCUAUACCCUUCAUUCUCUCCUAGGCCCUGUCCUGUUCCCAUCUCCUAGUGAGGUGAAGCUGUCUCUCCAGCUGCAGAACAUUAAUGGCCUGUGGUUUCUGUUGUAUCCCAAGGCUUCUUGGCAGGGGGCAAAGUUAUUGCUAAGUCCCUAAGGGAAGAGAGGAAGCAACCACUCUCAUCAAUACCCUGGGGCAAAAGGGAGGAACACAGAGGGUUAGACUUGUUAGAGAUUAAUAAAACUAGAUUUGAUACUAAA